GCCCUGGGCCGGCUUUGCACUUGUGUAAUACAUAAGUCCAAAAUUAUAUUACGAGUGUGACAGUUUUAGUGAAUUAAAAAUGGAUGUAACUGUUUGUUCGUGGGGUGUCAAACACCUAGGUUAGCAGAAGACUUGUUGAUUAGAAAAAAGGAAUAAAAUAAUUAAGUUUAACAUGCUGUGGCUAAUCCUGACUCUCUCAUUGGCUUCGGUCAACUGCUUCGAGCCUAAACCCGACAUUGGUGUUCCCUCAGGACUCCUGCCCCACUGUCCCGGCGCAGCAAAGAAUGCAACAAUUGCAGAUUCAUCAAUGCCACUUUUGCAAGUGAUUAUACAACGUUUGACUGAUACAGGGGUUUACAGACGUAGUAUACCUAUCAAAUCGGCAUAUAAAGCUAUAUUAAGCGAUAAGAAAUUUGAUCUCAGCAAGAAGACGGUUUUUUAUGCUGUGGGCUUUUGGGACAGCUCAGUAUUUCCCCACAGCCUGGCCAUGGCUAAUGGUUAUUCUAAGAGAGGCUACAAUGUACUAAUGUCGGAAACAUUUCACUUCCUCACUUAUAUUUAUCCCAAGUCCGUCCGUCUUAGCCGCGUAAUCGGACAACAAUUUGGCAAGUUAUUUGUCAAACUAACCCAGGCAGGCCUCCGUCCUGAGAACUUGGAACUGGUCGGCACCAGCCUCGGCGCCCACAUUGUAAGUCACGCUGCUAAGUACUACCAAUCUGUGACAGGAAAGAAGCCGUUCAGACUCACUGGCUUGGAUCCUGCUGGGCCAUGCUUCAGGGGUUUACCAGCUGAGGAAAAGGUCGCCCCAACUGAUGCGGAACACGUGGACGUAAUUCAUACAAACAUAGAUGGAUUUGGUAUAGCAGAACGUCUAGGGCAUGUGGACUUCUAUGCAAACGGAGGAGAGUAUCAACCGGGAGACAUUCCAUAUGUACCAUGUCUGGUUAUAUGUAGUCACAUACGAUCUUUGCUUUAUUGGUGGAUAGCGUUGGACAACCCAAAGAAAUUUAUAGCCUUGAAGUGUGACUCCAUUCAAGAUGCAAGAUCAGCGAAAUGCUACAAUAACACAGAAUUGAAUUAUGCAGGUCUCGAAACAGACUUUGAUAAGCCUGGUAUUUAUUAUUUACCAACCGAUAAUGAGUUCCCAUACUACAUGGGAAAGAAAGGUCUUAAAGAAGAAAACGAGAUAUAUACAACAGUUAGUAGGAAUAUCAAUGCGGAUGAUGAUUUUAUGGCGUAAGAACGGAUAGAUAAGUAGUAAUUUGUGCAAUCAACAUCAUUACUUUUACUGGUUGCUGGACAACCAUUGCUUUGUAACCAUGCUGUCUUAUUAAAGAAAUCAUUUAGCACUGAUAGAACUCCGUCUAAUUAACACAUUGAUUAUAUAGUGCUUUAACAUGGUAUAUAUAUUGGAGCCAACUAGCUUAAUAAGCCGUUCAAUUAACAACCUAGCCUUUUAAUUAAACAGCGCCGUUUAACUAGAGGCCUGAAAGACAUUCAGCCAGUUCAUCAAACAGCUAGACUGACUUGGAUCGAUGACGUUUUAUUGCCUUUAAUUGAGUUUUGCCAUUUGCCGUUUUGUUGAGUAUUAAUUAAAAUUCAGUUCCAAUUUCUGCCACUCUUAAAGUCGAAAUGAAACUCUUUAAACUGUCAAAAUUGCGUCGGCAAACCAUUGAUGUUUUUUUUUAGCUGCGGCUGACUCAAGCAAUAUAAUUCUUUUUAAUGUCAGAUGUCUCAUCUCUUUUAUUGCUGCCACAUGAUCACUCUAUCGUACAAAUGGCCUAAGCAUUUGCUAGUUAGUUUAUUAAAUGUUGUUACAAACGCUACGGCUGAAUAUCUUUCAGGCCACUAGUUAAACAGCGAUGUUUAGUUAAAUGGUUAGGCUGUUAAUUGAUCGGCUACGACAUAUAUAUUAUUGUACCUCGGAAGAGUCUGGUCACCCACAAUACAAUAUCCCAGUGACCGAGAGUUGGUAUCAUUCGUUUGACUUAAUUAUGUAUCAUAUUUUUAGAAAUAAUUGAUUGACAACUCUGAGUACGAGGACUCCCCCCGUGGAAACAUAAAGUAAAAUGUUAAUAUGGCUUUAUUAAGACUAUGUAAUAACAGCUGUAUACAUAGUAUUUUUGAUGAUUGUUUAAUGUCGGAAAUAAAUUAAAUAUUGUAAUUAGACUUCAAUCAACAUUCAUUCACGUUAUUUAUUUAUUUGCUAAUAGAAUCUAAUUAUGCGUAUCGAUCUUUGUGGACUGUAUGAAACACAUAUUGAAAUUGGUUUUUGAAUAAACGGAAAUAUCGGCUCUGGCUAAAAUUAGAUAUUUAACCAAUUCACCCAGAAAUAACCCCUAACCUGGGGUCUAGCCAAACAUAGUCAUUGGCGAACUACUACGGUCAAUCCAAUUCGUUUCAUCGUCUUUAAUUGUCAUGGGCGAUACAGAACGCAGGGGUUGAUCGCUGACGGCGAGACAAUAUUCUCUUAUGAAUGUCUAAUGUUGACUGGUCGAACGGGAAAGUGGGUACCCAUGCCUCUGUAGCUAGACAACAAAAUGGGGCUUGCAGAUAGAAACCUACCUAGCCUUACAGACCAAACAAUAAGUUAUAUCGUAAAUAAAUAACCAUAAUAAUGUAAACAUAUUUAGUAGAAAACUGUGAUGUAGUAUGUAAAUAGUUUUAAAUAAAUUAAAAGUAUACGAACGAAA